AUGACGCUUACAAAUAAGAUGGAGAUUGAUGAAAAAAAUGUUAAAGGAGAAGGUUUCAAACCAUAUUAUAUUACAAAGAUUGAGGAAUUGCAGUUAAUUGUUACUGAAAAAAGUCAAAAUUUAAGGAGAUUGCAGGCACAGCGUAAUGAACUGAAUGCAAAAGUACGUAUGCUGCGAGAAGAGUUACAACUCUUACAAGAGCAAGGCUCAUAUGUAGGGGAAGUAGUUAAACCUAUGGACAAAAAAAAAGUAUUAGUUAAAGUACAUCCUGAGGGCAAGUUUGUGGUGGAUAUAGACAAGAAUAUUGAUAUUAAUGAUGUAACACCGAAUUCGCGAGUGGCUUUGCGUAAUGAGAGUUAUACUCUGCAUAAAAUACUGCCGAAUAAAGUUGAUCCGCUUGUUUCUCUUAUGAUGGUGGAGAAAGUACCAGAUUCCACAUAUGAAAUGGUUGGAGGUUUAGAUAAGCAAAUAAAGGAAAUAAAAGAAGUUAUAGAGUUACCGGUCAAGCAUCCAGAAUUAUUUGAUGCUCUCGGAAUUGCACAACCUAAAGGCGUACUAUUAUAUGGACCACCAGGUACUGGUAAAACUUUACUUGCAAGAGCAGUAGCACAUCAUACAGAAUGCACCUUUAUUCGUGUAUCUGGAUCUGAAUUAGUACAGAAAUUUAUUGGAGAAGGUUCGCGUAUGGUUCGUGAACUGUUUGUGAUGGCAAGAGAACAUGCACCAUCUAUAAUAUUUAUGGAUGAAAUUGAUUCCAUUGGAAGUUCCCGGAUUGAAUCUGGAUCUGGUGGCGAUAGUGAAGUUCAACGAACUAUGUUAGAAUUGCUUAAUCAAUUGGAUGGUUUUGAGGCAACAAAAAACAUAAAGGUCAUUAUGGCUACAAACAGAAUUGAUAUCUUGGAUCCUGCAUUAUUACGUCCUGGACGUAUUGACCGUAAGAUUGAAUUUCCACCUCCAAAUGAAGAGGCUAGAUUGGACAUCUUGAAAAUUCAUUCUAGGAAAAUGAAUUUGACACGAGGAAUAAAUCUGAGAAAAAUAGCUGAACUUAUGCCAGGUGCAUCAGGAGCAGAAGUUAAGGGUGUUUGCACGGAAGCUGGUAUGUAUGCUCUUAGAGAACGUCGUGUUCAUGUAACUCAAGAAGAUUUUGAGAUGGCUGUAGCAAAGGUGAUGCAGAAGGACUCCGAAAAGAACAUGUCUAUCAAAAAGUUAUGGAAAUAAAUCAACUUUGCAAUUUUUCAAUAUCACAUUUUCAUUAAUGAUUUUUAAUCUAUCAUUACAUUAUUAUUUCAUAGUUCAAACAAUUCAUUUUAACCAGAAUUGGAAUGCUAUGUAUUUAAGAUGUGUUAAAGUAGGACCUUCGUAUAAGGUUAUAGCUAAAUAUUUCGUUAAUUAGAUACUAAUAAAAUUUAUAUAUAUUAAAACAGUGAAAUUUUAUUAUACAAUACUAAAUUAUUAAUUAUUGUAUUUACAAAUUCCACACUAUUGAUAUUGUGUAAUUUAAAACAAUAAGUUUUAGCUAUUACAUAGUAAUAACAAUGUCAUUUAUUUAAUUAAUUAUAAGAUUUCUAUAUACUUUAAAUGGAACAAAUUGCUCUAAAUUUAAGUACUUCCUUAUAAAACAUGUAAAAAAAAACUAUUUCCUCUA